AUGGACGGGGUGUACGUCGUCGAGUAUCCCUUCAAGGAGAAGGCACCGCCUGAUUCGACCUUGCCACAGGCCAUCAAUCGCUUCUUCUCGCUGGAACGCAAAUUUCGUCGGUAUCCAGAAUUGAAGCAGCAGUACGAAGCUUUCCUGGACGACUACUUGCAACGUGGACAUAUGGAACAACUGACCUCGGCUCAGGUUGAGGAGUCCCCAGACACCUGCUUCUAUUUGCCGCACCACGCUGUCAUCAAACUGGACAGUCUGACUACCAAAUGUCGUGUAGUUUUUGAUGGAUCAGGAAAGGACAGCUCUGGAGUAUCGCUCAAUGACAGACUACAUAUUGGUCCACCGAUUCAACGCGAUCUUCUUGGCGUUUGUCUACGCUUCCGGCAGCAGCAAUAUGUUUUAUGCGCAGAUGUCGAAAAGAUGUUUCGAGGCAUUAAAAUCAUUAAGCCACACACCAAUUUUCAGCGCAUUGUUUGGCGCAAGACUGAGAAUGAACCUCUGCUUAAUUUUCGCCUGCUGACGGUUACCUACGGAUUGACACCGUCACCAUUUCUGGCUGUUCGAGUUCUAAAGCAACUUGCCGACGAUCAUAGCCAUGAAUACCCUGCAGCAGCUCACGCUCUUCUGCAUGAUGCCUAUGUGGACGAUAUCCCUACACGCGCCAACACAUUCGAGGAGCUUAUGAUUCUCAAGGACGAGCUUAUAGCCCUCUUGGAUAAGGGAAAAUUCAAGCUACGCAAAUGGAGUUCUAAUAGUUGGCGUGUUCUGAAAUCAUUACCAGAGGAAGAUAGAUGUUUUGAACCUAUCCAGCUCCUCAACAAAUCAGCUGCUGAUUCACCUGUCAAAGUUCUUGGUAUCCAAUGGAACCCUGGGAAGGACGUUCUGUAUCUCAACCUAAAGGAAUGCGAUGCGACCAUUUCUCCGACGAAAAGAGAACUCUUGUCUCAGCUAUCAAGAAUUUAUGAUCCGCUUGGACUGGUAGCGCCGGUCACAGUUCUACUCAAGCUAAUCUUCCAAGAAAACUGGACAAGUGUCCUGCAGUGGGACGACCCCAUUCCUGAAAGUCUAAGUACGCGCUGGAGAGCCUUAGUACACUUACGCAAUGCCAAGUACUACGGUAUAUUGCGUCACCAUUUCGAGAUGUUCAACUACACGGAUUCGCCGACGCAUCCUCGCACGCCUACGGUGCGCACGAGCUGCUGGACAGAUUCAGAAAUUGUGCUACACUGGCUUUCAGCUCCCCCUCGACGGUGGAACACCUACGUCUGCAACCGAACUUCUGAGAUAUUGAGCGACUUUCCCCGUAGCUGCUGGAACCAUGUUCGCACGGAAGACAAUCCUGCUGAUUGUGCUUCCCGAGGACUUCAGCCGUCAAAGCUUCUGGAGCCUCGACUGUGGUGGAAAGGUCCGUCCUGGCUGGCCACACCCACCUCUGAGUGGCCACCUUCUACAAGCAAGUUCAGCGUAUCUUCAAGUUUCGAUGUCAACACCGAAGAACGAGCCAUAAAGCCCACGACUCUACAUAACUUUCCUGAUGAAAGUAUACACGAGUUACUCAUCCACAAAUUCUCAACCUGGACGCGUCUUAUAAGGGUAUCUAGCUACUGUCAUCGCUUUAUUCACACUCUUCGAUCUCAUCAUAGGAAUUCGGCACCAUUCCUUACGUCUGAAGAGUUGCUGGACGCACAGCGCCGACUUAUUCGACAUGUGCAACAAAAAUCCUUAGCCAGAGAAUAUGCGCAGCUAGAGAAUCGACGCCAGCUUAACGCUAAAUCGCAUCUUAUCCGGUUUUCUCCGUUUCUGGAUGAUUAUGGAGUAAUGCGAGUUGGUGGGAGAAUCGAACAAUCUACACUCAAAUACAACGCCAAGCACCCGAUUCUGAUACCUAAAGAUACAGCACUAGCUGGACUGCUGGUUCGACAUUUUCAUGUCUCCUAUCUGCACACUGGAGUUGAUGCAACGUUCACCAAUCUUCGUCAGCAGUACUGGAUUCUGGGAGCCCGCAAUCUCGUCAGAAAGGCAGUCUUCCAAUGCAAAUCCUGUUUUCUUCAACGAAAGGGCACAAGCAACCAGAUCAUGGGAGAGCUACCAAUUCCUCGAGUUCAAGCUAGCCGCUGCUUUCAACACACAGGGCUGGACUACGCUGGACCGAUCGCAAUCAAGGAAUCAAAAGGAAGAACUCCACGCAUCGGAAAGGCAUGGUUUUCUAUUUUCGUGUGCCUCACUACAAAGGCACUUCACAUCGAGGUUGUUAGUGAGCUAACUACAAAGGCUUUCAUCGCAGCCUUUCAACGAUUCAUUGCCCGCCGAGCGAAGCCUACUGACCUGUAUUCGGACAACGGAACUACAUUUCAUGGAGGCAAGCAAACUUUGUAUGACAUGAGACGUCUGGCCAUUCAACAAGCCAAAGAUGAGGAACUAGCAGGAUUCUUUGCCAAUGAAGGGAUUUCUUGGCACUUUAUACCCCCGUCUGCUCCCCAUUUUGGAGGGAUGUGGGAAGCUGGAGUUCGCUCAAUUAAACUCCAUAUGAAACGGAUACUUGGAUCAAAGGCUUUAACGUUUGAGGAGCUCUCUACUGUCCUGACCCAAAUUGAAGCUAUCCUGAAUUCACGCCCGCUGUGCCCAACUGGGGAUAAUUCUUUGGAUCCACUGACGCCUGCUCAUUUUUUGACUGGAUUCCCUAUACUGCAUUGCCUGAACCCUGUCGUCUGGAUAUGCAAGUCAAUCGAUUGGAGAGGUGGAAUCAGCUGCAAGCCAUGGUUCAAGGCUUUUGGAAAAGGUGGCAUAUGGAAUACCUGA